AUGGUGAUCGAGCAUGACAUUGAGAGCUGCGGGAGCAGAGCGGUGCAGUCGUCGCACGUUAACCACCCUCGCCACCACCGCCAGAAACUGGAGGUGUACAAUGAGGUGCUGCGACGUAUUCAGGAGUCCGAUUGCGAGGAGGCGCACGUUCCCGGCUUCGACGAUCAGCUUUGGCUUCACUUCAAUCGCCUUCCCGCUAGGUACGCGUUGGAUGUGAAUGUGGAGAGGGCAGAAGAUGUUCUAGCUCAUAAGAGAUUGCUCAAGUUGGCGGAGGAUCCUGCUUCUCGACCUGCAUUUCAAGUCCGCUUAGUACAGGUAUAUCCUUUUGGUGGUACAAAUUAUGCUGAUUCCAUACAUUCAGAUCCUUCUGAGAUAGAGGAUGCACAGAGUUCUCUUAACUAUUCUUUAAAGCAGGGAAUUCAUCCACCACCUACAUUUGGUUCAUCCUCUAAUCUUGAAGCUCUUGCACUUCAAACAACCAAGAAUAACAUUGAAGAUGGGGGAAGUGCUAUGAGUGUAACACCAUAUUUUCACAGAUUAGAUAGAGAACUUAUGAAGUUAACAUCAAUACUUGGUGAGAUGGGACUGAAUAUUCAAGAAGCUCAUGCAUUUUCCACCACUGAUGGAUUUUCUCUGGAUGUCUUUGUUGUUGAAGGAUGGCCUAAUGAGGAAACUGAGGAGCUGAAAGGUGUGUUGGAAAAGGAAAUUUACAAGGUUAAGGAGCAAAAUUUGUCAAAUCAGGGCAUACAUUAUGCCGCCACUGAACAUUGCCAGGCAAGGAUCGAACCAUCCCCUCCUUGCAUUCAAAUACCAUCAGAUGGAGCUGAUGUCUGGGAACUUGAUACCAACCAGCUGAAAUAUGAAAACAAAGUUGGCUCUGGGUCAUUCGGUGACUUUCAAGAUGUUGCUAUCAAAGUUCUCAAGCCUGAGCGCAUAAGUACAGAUAUGCUGAAGGAGUUUGCACAGGAAGUUUAUAUCAUGAGGAAGAUUCGACACAAGAAUGUUGUUCAGUUCAUUGGCGCAUGUACUAGGCCCCCAAAUCUUUGUAUUGUUACUGAGUUUAUGUCUAAGGGAAGCUUAUAUGACUUUCUGCACAAACAAAGAGGUGUAUUUAAGCUUCCAUCUUUGCUAAAAGUAGCAAUUGAUGUUUCCAAGGGAAUGAACUAUUUGCACCAAAAUAAUAUAAUUCACAGGGACCUCAAGACUGCCAAUCUUCUGAUGGAUGAAAAUGAAGUGGUCAAGGUUGCUGAUUUUGGGGUUGCUAGAGUGCAAACUCAGUCUGGAGUGAUGACAGCUGAAACUGGAACAUACCGUUGGAUGGCUCCUGAGGUCAUUGAACACAAACCAUAUGACCAGAAGGCGGAUGUUUUCAGUUUUGGAAUAGCUCUCUGGGAGCUUUUAACUGGAGAACUACCUUACUCUUGCUUGACCCCAUUACAAGCAGCAGUUGGCGUGGUGCAGAAGGGCCUACGGCCAACAAUUCCAAAAGCCGCACACCCAAGACUUUCUGAACUGCUCCAGCGGUGCUGGCAACAAGAUCCGACUCUCAGACCAGAUUUCUCUGAAAUAAUAGAAAUUCUUCAGCACAUAACAAAAGAGGAUGGAUACAUGAUUAGUGAAGUAUCAGAUUACCACUGUCUUGGUGAAGUGUUUCUGCGACUCCUCCCAAAACUUAUUCUAUAUACAGCUGCAGGUCCAACAGGAACACUUCAUUGUUCUGUUGGAAGUCCAUUUUGUGUCCAAGCUGCAUAA